AUAUAAAGAUAUAUUUAGAGAUCUAAAGGAGGAUAAUUUAAGUGUGCGAAUAAAUGUAUCAUUUAAAAAGUAUGCGUAUACAUAUAAGUAUGUGUCCUAAAUUUUGAGAAAUAUCAUUUUUUUUCCUAUGCUUUUUAAUUAACGCGCUUCUUGUAUGGCCAAUCACAUGCAUUUGUCUCGUAAGAAAGCAGACGCGUCAUUGUGAUUGGUCGUUUCACUGUUUAGAGUAUGUAGAAUCCGAAAUUGUAACGGUUGCGCUAUCUAACGUUAUCUGAUGAAUUUUGCGUACAAUUUGUCAUUCAAAGUGCCCAAAAUAAUAAGAUUCAUGCGUUUGUAGUUAUAAAACAAUGCCGAGUAAUCGUUGUAAAUGAAUAUUUCGCGUAUCGUUCUGUCAGGAAGACCGGAACAUGAUGUACGUACGUAGCACAUCCAUUACACAUUUCAGCAUUUUAGCGCCGAGCAUGCCGCAAAUACCUUGCGUUGAUGGCGGUAAAGUAUCGUUGUUUGCCAAGAACAAGAGACAUUUACCAAAGACGGCGAGAACCUUAGAUGAACUUGGCUAUAUAUUUAAGAAUGGAAAGUUGAAACAUGUUGGAAUAUUUAAAGAUGUCAUGUUCAACACAGAGAAGGAAAAUAUAAUUAAUGAUCUUGCGAAGGAGUUGCGAUAUGAAGUAUAUAAUGCUCUUGAUGAAUAUGUAUACAAGUUACUUGAAAAAGAAGGUUUGAAGAAACUUCCAGUGCCAAAAAAGUCUUCUGAUUUAACAUUAGAAAAAUCAUUUAUAUAUGCAAGCACAGAUAGUUUUACAAAUGAUAAGCUGAUAAUAAUAGUCAAUGGCUGUGGAGCUGUGGUUGGUCAAUGGUCUAGGCAAACAAUAAUUAAUUAUGGUCUUGAUUAUGGGACUCAGAUCUCAUAUGUUGAUAAAGCAAAGAAAUUAGGUUAUGGCAUCUUACUGCUCAAUAUUAAUGACAACUUAAGAAUUAUAGACGGAAAACUAGAAUUAAUCCAGGGUAGUAUUGAUGGUUAUCAACAUUUCAAGACAGUGUGGAAAAACUACAUUCAAGAUUGUCAAGCUAAGAAUAUUGCUAUUAUCGCUCAUAAUUUUGGAGGGGACUGUGUAAUACGAAAUGGGAUGAUAUUAGAGGAACACUUUAAGAAAAGAGUUUUUGCAGUGGCUUUAAUAGAUUCCCCUCUUAAUGUAUGUUGUGAAAGUUCAAUAUUAAAAACCAUCUGCAAAUUUUGGACAUUCAAGAACAUAAAAAUAGAUAACGGAAACGUUGAAUACAUAAUAAGUGAUGAUAAUGAUCGUCGAAAGUUGCCGUUUCUUUGUAUGAAACCAAUAUUCAAUUAUAUACAAAGAAAAUAUUUUCGUGUUAAAGAUAUCUCCAGAAAGUCUGUAAUGAUGGUCUAUUCUGAUAAUGAAACUUCUAGUCAUGUUAAAAUAAAAUAGUUAUUUAAUUUUGACUUAACGAUAUUUAUAAACGUGGUACUGAACGACAAUGUCAAGCUAGUAUACUUAAAAACACGAGUUUUUCUUAUAACGACAAAUCUUAAAAUUCUGACGCUUAAUGUAAUAUAUUAUUUUUGAUUAUUAUUU